UUAUUGUGAUUGCUAAAGUUAUUAAACCAUGACGAAAACAAUCGCUGAUGUCAGUGAUGUGAGUGAUGUCACUUUUUAUCGAACGGGUACAAAACUAACAAAGAUAGAGUACGUUUCCUUUUUGUGUCGUUCAAGGUGCCAUAGUCACUCGCAACCCAAAACGGUGCGCGACUACGUUAAGUACUGUUUCGAAAAACCUUUUUGCCUAUACUUUUUUUACUGUAGGACUAAUCUGAAUCUGAAAAGUGAAAACCAUAUAAUAAUAUUUUAAAAAGUUGCUGUUAUUAGUAUUAUAAGGAAUUCUGUUACGUUCAGUCCUCAAAGUGUUGGAGGAGUACAGCGUUCGGGAUUCAUUUACGCUCUCUCCCGUUAAGACAUUUUCAGCCUUGUCGAGAUUUGUUUGCAAAAAGUCUUCGAAGUGUGCAUGGGAGCUUAUCUACCUGGUGUGGUGGACCUACGUACUGACAAUUGGAGUAUCCGUAUCGAAUAUUGACUAAUUGUACAUUGCUGAAGUGGGAUAGUGAUCUGUUUGCAUUAACACAUUUAACUGGACUGCAUGUCUGGACAGUCUUCCAGUUCUUUGGUGCUUCUUUGUGAAUAAAUUGUGCUUGUCGUGGAUAAUUUUGUUUCUUUUAUAAAACUUCGGAUCUUUUGCUAUAAAGAUGGCAGGGCAUCACGAUCUCGAUAGGCAGAUCGAAAUGUUGCGACAAUGUGAGCCUAUUUCGGAAGCUGAAGUGAAGGCCCUGUGCGCCAAGGCGCGCGAGAUUCUCGUGGAAGAGGGCAAUGUACAGCGAGUGGAUGCGCCUGUUACAAUAUGUGGGGACAUUCACGGCCAGUUCUACGAUCUUAAAGAGUUAUUCAAAAUGGGGGGCGACGUUCCGGACACAAAUUAUUUAUUCAUGGGCGACUUCGUGGAUCGUGGGUAUUAUUCCGUGGAAACAUUCCUCCUUCUCCUGGCCUACAAAGUGCGGUAUCCAGACAGAAUCACUCUGAUAAGAGGAAACCACGAAUCGAGGCAGAUCACACAAGUGUAUGGAUUUUAUGACGAGUGCAUUCGCAAAUAUGGCGGAGUAAAUGUGUGGAGAUACUGCACAGAAAUAUUCGAUUAUCUUAGCCUGGCAGCGCUUAUCGACGGAAAGAUUUUCUGUGUGCACGGUGGGUUGUCGCCCUCGAUUCAGACCUUGGAUCAGAUUCGCAUGAUCGACCGGAAACAGGAAGUUCCUCAUGACGGACCGAUGUGUGAUUUACUGUGGUCGGACCCAGAAGACAAUAACGAAGGUUGGGGCAUCAGUCCGCGAGGCGCGGGAUAUCUGUUUGGAUCUGACGUAGCGCAGACUUUCAACGAAGCUAAUAAUGUGGAACUCAUUUGCCGUGCGCAUCAGCUUGUAAUGGAAGGUUACAAGUGGCAUUUCAACGAAACUGUGCUUACUGUCUGGUCAGCACCGAACUACUGCUAUCGGUGUGGAAAUGUUGCUGCUAUUCUUGAACUGAACGACAAACUUGGGAGGAACUUUAUUAUCUUCGAAGCAGCCGCCCAUGAUCUCCGUAGUGGACCUACGAAAAAGCCACAACCAGAAUACUUUCUGUGAUAUUUUGUUUGUUUCUGAGGUUCGUUUUAAACAGUGUUGCGGAUUCACACGACGCUUUCGAGGCUCUAUUCCUAUUUAUUGCUGCAUGCCUUUUGCGGGUUUUUCCUUAGACUUCUGAUAUGUUUCAGUAUGAACUGUUUUUUAAUCAACAGAAUUUUUGUAGUUUGAUAUUAUCUGCAGACCGUAAAUUUGUGGUCAGUGGUCACCCAAGUGGUGCAUGAAAAGCUGUGCUGUUUUUUGAAUUUCAAGAUUGUGCAGAAUAUCAUCAGUAGAUAGCCAGUAAGCACUUUACUGAGGAACGAGUCUUGUGCUUUUAUUGUGGAAAAGGAAUUUUUACCGACUGCUGUAUCAUGUAGUAAUACAAAGGAACAAAAAUUGUUCAAAUAAAAAUGUGUAGAUCA